AUGAUAGCUCGUCAGAAGCACAGAGUGCUAAAUAAGAAUAUAAAAAUUUUGCACGCUUUGUGGGUGUGCAUUUUCAAGAAGCCGAGUGUCAUUUCGAAGAUUGCUCUGAAGUUGCAGAAGCGGAGAAAUUGCAGAACGAAUUCAAAAAUGGGAGGUGAUCUUAGAAGAGAGGCACCUGAUAAUAUUUCUAGAUGGCGGGAGAUGCCUAAGGAAAAUAAAAGGUUGUCGAUGUCGCUAGGGAAAGGCAAGAGGAAAAGUGAGGACCCUGGGCCCAGUAAGGAUGAGCUGAAACAGAGUAAAAAGGUUAAAAAAGCCUCUGUGGAGAAAAAGGUUGAGGACAUGGAUAAACAAAAGGAUACAGAGGUUGAUCCUGAGGAUAUGGGAAAAGAAGGAAGUGAGAUGGAGAUUGAUGAUUCUGACGGGGUGGAGAGCUGGAAAGAUGAGGAAGUGGGGGAAGAGGAAAGAGGAGACGAGGAUGAUUCUGAUCAGAACAACCCUACCCACAGCACAAGUACUGUUUUGAUUAAGAAAGCAGCAAAAACAUGGGUGUUGACCCUUUCAUACAACAGCCCGAAGACAGUAAGAGUGGCAACAAAACAAGAGAGCAAACCCCGGAAAAAGAGGGUCAGAUAA